AUGCUCAAAAAUAUUCUUAUUUCGGGUGCCGGAAUUGCUGGACCGACUCUUGCGUUCUGGCUUGCCCGUUAUGGCAUGAGAGUAACUGUAGUUGAACGAGCAUCGAAAAUACGUACUGAAGGGCAAACUAUCGAUGUCCGUGGUGCUGGUAUAGAGAUCAUGCGGAAAAUGGGUAUCGACAAGAUUAUUCGAAAUAGUACUACUGAAGAAGAAGGCAUCAAAUUUGUGGAUGGGGACAAUCACAUUAAAGCCGCUUUUCCUGUCCAUGCGGUUGGCGGUCCCGAUUUCGUUUCCGAAAUAGAGAUAGUGCGAGGAGAGCUUGCUACGAUACUUUAUGAACAUACUCGUAACAAUGUUGAAUAUAUCUUUGGAGAUAAGAUAACUGGCAUCGUAGAUCGCGAUGAUCGCGUACAAAUAAAAUUUGCCAAAACAACUGAUCGUGAUUUCGAUUUGGUAUUGAUUGCCGAUGGACUAGGAUCAAGAACUCGUGAACUCGUGAACUCGUCUUACUUUUCGAUUCCUUACGAAGAGUCAGAUGGUACUUGGGCACGUUGGUACAAUGCACCUGGAAGAAGAUGCAUCGCUCUACGGCCUGAUGGACGAGGACGUCAAACAACUCAUAAUCAAAAAGCAGAAUUACAUAAGUUAUUUGGGGAUGCUGGUUGGGAAGCACCUCGUGUUUUAUCUGCUAUGGACCGUUCGACUGAUUUUUAUCUGCAAGAAGUUGCACAACUCAAAAUGAACACUUGGUCCAAGGGUCGAAUUGCUUUGUUAGGUGAUGCUGGCUAUUGUCCUUCGCCCAUCAGUGAUAUGGGAACAACUGUUGCAAUUGUAGGAGCCUACGUCCUCGCCGGAGAAAUUGCUCAUCAUAAAGAUUACAAAGAUGCAUUUGCUUCCUAUGAAACUAUUCUUCGUCCAUUCAUUACAAAAGCACAAGCUUUACUUCCUGGAGCACCGCAGAUUGCAAACCCUCAAACGCAAUGA